AUGGUGCCAACAACAACCUUGUUGAUGAUCAUGUUGUUUACAACACCAACAUUAUUAUCGGCUAAAAGACAUGAUCGACGUUUAUUCUUUAGUAAUCAUAAAACAACUACUGUAGCUACGACACCUGAUGAGGGUUCAAAUGGUAAUAUGUUUAGUAAUUGGCUGAGCGGACUCUUAUCAAAAGAUCCAAAUAGUAAUGAUAAACAUUCGAGUUCAUUAGGCAAAUUGGCUUUAUUGAAAUCUUUCUUAUCUUCGUCAUCAUCGUCGACUGGUAAAGGCAGUAAACUGAAUGCAAUCUUCGAAUUUUUAAGUACUAGUGCUAAUGAUGAUCAAAAUAAAGUAUCAUCAUCAUCAUCAAAAGUAAAUAGUUUACUAGCAUUUUUCGGCGGUCAAGGGUCAACAUCUAAUAAUUUUCAAUUAGCAAUGAAAUUAAUGAAUAUUGCACAAGGCAAAGGUGGUUUAAGUUCAUUGAAUAGUAGUGAUAUGAAAUCACUUAUUGGUUUUGUUAGCGGAUAA